GUUCGUUCAUUCCGAGAAAAUCUGAACCCUGCAAAGGCAUCUCGCACAUUCCCCCUACCGAAAAGUUACUCGACGUGUCAUGCCGCUGAAACUGUAUAUAAAGAGGCGUGAGAGUGCGGUAUUUCCAAAAUUUCAUCCUCAUUUUCUCGUCUCGGUGCUGCGUCGCCAUCGAUUGCAUUCAUACCUUUCCAUAAUAGAGCAGUGCCGUGUGCUGUAACCCUCAUUUUGAAACUUAUUUUCUGAUCAAAGCUUAGGCUUCUUUAGACUGUAGCUGUGCCCGAACCGAAGUUGAAUUGAUUGAGUGAGUGAUCCUAAAAGCAGUCUCUUUGGGAUGGAAAGAUGAUCAUACACGAACAUUCGGAUGUCAUGCAGUGGGGCCUGCAACUUCUUGAUGGUGAUCCCAACAAUUCUGGAUAUUGUGGUGAAAUAAUACAUCAUAGUGCCGAUGAUGCUUAUAAUGGAAUCUAUCAAGAGAAUUAUGACACUAAUUGUAGUCAUUUAGAGAAUGACGAAGUUAUUGCGCGUACACUUCAAGAAGAAUUUUCGCAACUGGCAGUUUCAGAAGCAUCCAGAUACUCACAUGCAGGAGGAGAGCAGUUUCAAGCAUCAAAUCUUGAACAUGAUUGGCAUGGUCCUUCAGUGAACUACAAUUGUUCAGCCCAUAACUUUGGCCAGGAAGAAUCUGAUGGUGCAGAGCCUUCCACUUCCUGUUCAAGCCCUGGCGAUAGAGAGGGGAAUCCUUAUUCUUUGGAGAUAACCAAUGAAUUUGAACUCGAUGGUGAAGUAGGCAGGAGACUGGAUCAAAUGAUCUCCAUUCCUCAUGUUCCUAGAAUUAAUGGAGAAAUUCCUUCAAUUGAUGAAGUAACUUCAGAUCAUCAAAGGCUUCUGGACAGAUUGCAGAUAUAUAACUUUGAAGAGUGCAAGGUGCAAGGGGAUGGUAAUUGUCAGUUUCAUGCUUUAUCAGAUCAAUUAUAUUGCACACCUGACAACCACAAAGAUGUAAGGCAACAAGUAGUGAGUCAGCUUAGGUCUCACCCAGAGAUUUAUGAGGGAUAUGUUCCCAUGGAAUAUGAUGACUACUGUGAGAAGAUGUCCAAAAGCGGGGAGUGGGGCGAUCAUGUCACAUUGCAAGCAGCUGCAGAUUCGUAUGGAGUGAAGAUUUUUCUUAUUACCUCUUUUAAGGAUACUUGUUCCAUAGAAAUUCUUCCUACUUCCAGGAAGCCAGAACGAGUAAUUUUCUUGAGCUUUUGGGCUGAGGUGCAUUACAACUCGAUCUAUCUUCAAGGAGAUGUGCCAUCAAAUGAGUCCAGGAAGAGGAGAAGGUGGUGGAAGUUCGGCACCAGAAAUUAGGAGAUGUGUGGCUGUCAUGGGGCACAAAUCACCCAAUUUGUUGUCCUUACUGUUGCUAGUUAACGUAUACACACGUAGUACUUGGUGCAAGACUUGCUCCAAACUGUCCUACUCUCUCAAUAAUCGUCUGUUGCCCUUAGUGUUGCUAUGAACAUAUUACAUUUUCUUCUUCUGAAUGUUUCCACAAUCGUGCCUCGUCGCUUGCUAUUUUUCACGGCAUCCCUGAAGUGUUGGCAAGGAGCAAUGCAGGAGGGAAUCGAUACCUUUGUGUCAUUUACUUUAAUUUCCUAUGCUUUCCGCCGUAGCAAAGAAUAAUUCCUGCAACAAAGAAUGGAAUGGAGUUCAAAUUAGCUUCAAUUUCUUGACAAAUUGUUUGGAUUGUUGAGAGACUGUAUAGAAAUAUUUCAAAGAUGGAUCAAAUCCUGAAGUGCAGGUGUAAGGAUUUGCAAUAUCCAGAUUAUUCUCAAUCAUACUUAUUAUAUUUUAAGCAA